CGUUUUGUUUCUCUGUAUUAGUAGUUAACACGGGAGGGAAAAGGGAAAGGAAAAAGAGGAUGUCCCGCUGCUUGAGGCCGUAGUUGGCUGGUUGGCCCGCCAUCCACGCCUUUGCGCAGAGGUGAAACAGCCAACUCUGCGGAGGGAUCGCCAUCCCGGUGACGCAUCUGCUCGCAAUUUUGUCCCACAUACUUUUUUUCCUGCAGCCGUCUGGCCUGUCGUUCCCUUCACAACUGCCUUGCUCUCCCGUUGACAGACUUUCAGGCGGCUCCCUCUCCGCCUUUCCUCCGAGCUCGAAAACCACGCCUUCUCCCCACCUUUCCGCAAUCGACUAUUGUUCACUUAUCGAUCUUACAAUUUGCAGCUAGCACAAUUCCAGUCGAGGGAUCUGGACAGACUCCUCUGAACCCGUCGUUGCCCGCCAUGUUGACCAUGCAUAGGCAGUUCGGCAAGCUGAUGAAAAGAUCCGCCGACGAGAGCCAAGUCUCCGUGCUCCUCAAGGACUUUGACAAUGCCGAUAAACUGCUGACCAAGAUCAUCGACUCGAGCAAAGCAUGGCGCGAUGCCUGGUCCUCCAUCCUCACCUACCAGGCGAGACUGCUCCAGGAAUUCGAGACGCUCUACCAGCCUAUUAUCGGCUCGUCCGAACCUACCGCUCACCCUCCUGCAAUAACACCAGAAUCCACCUUGGAAAGGACGUCUCGAUUGAAGGAGGAAUACGAGUCCCUCCGCGUUGACCUUUUGGCGGAGAUACAGUCGGUAGACGACCGCAUGAUCAAGCCUGCGAUGGAAGCAAAGGAUUAUCUACAGCCGAUGAAGAAGGUCAUGAAGAAACGCGAAGAUAAAAAGCUCGAUUAUGAACGGUAUCAAGGUAGAGUGGACACCGCGCGGAAGAAAUCGAGGCGGUCAGAUAGAGAGAAUGCGGCCCUUGCUAAAGCUGAACUUGACCUGGCCAAAGCCAUAGAGGAAUACAACGCGGCAGAUGAUCAUCUUCGCAACCAUUUGCCUGGUUUGAUAACUGCCACAUUCUCCAUUCUUCCACACAUUCUCGCCGCUCAGAUCGAGAUCCAGAACACCCUUCUUGCUCUAUAUUACACUUCGCUACACAACUAUUCCUCGGAGCAGAACUUCCCGUCUCCACCACCUCCGAUGGACGUGGUGAUUCAAACGUGGGAGCAGGAUUUCCUCCCUAUCCAGCGACAGGCGGAAUCAAUCGCCUGCAUUUCUCAUGGUAAACUAGGUCGCCAACGCAAGGCUUCCGAUGAAUUCAGAAAUGGCGGACUGCGGAAUGGAUUGGGUGCACGCCAUACCAGCAACACGUCUGCAAUUCGUAAACCGUCUGUCUCCCCGGUUCGCGCCAUGCAUGCACCGCCAUCUAUCCCAGCUGACACACGGCCACGGAUAAAUGGCUUCAACACCGCCCCGUCUGGCAAUCUAAUGGCAGCAAACACAGCCAAGCAAUACUCUCCCCCAAGGAUAAGCCCAACCCCCUCCGAAUCAUUGGAUCCCUCUCCCUACCAUACUACUCCACCACAACAGGCCUAUACAACCCCCGUCUCACGAAACACACAAAGGCAAACAUCCGCACCUACCGCUGCAAUUGCCUCAAUGGCUGCAGCCGCCGCAAAGAAAAAGCCCCCUCCCCCUCCUCCCCCGCCACGAUCGGCAUCAUCCCAGAUACAGUUCGUGACCGCACUAUACGACUUCGGCGGUCAAGGUGCUGGCGACCUCGUGUUUAGAGAAGGCGACCGCAUUCGUGUCAUCAAAAAGACCGAGAGCACUGACGAUUGGUGGGAAGGAGAACUGCGAGGCGUCAAGGGCAGUUUUCCUGCUAACUAUUGUGCGUAA